AUGUUCAGCAGGAUCAACCAGGUCGUUCGACACUUAUCACGUCCGGUACCGAAUUUCGCACACUCGUUGGCGGCGAGAGCUGAAGCUUCAUCGAUCACGUCAUCGAUCAUGGCGGGCGCAACCCAGCAGCAAAAAAGUCUGAUCCACACGGCCGCCUGUUUAAUCAUAGGCGAUGAGGUGCUUGGAGGCAAGACAGUAGAUACCAACUCAGCAUACUUCGCCAAGUGGUGUUUCUCAUUGGGCAUCAAUCUCCGUCGUGUAGAGGUCAUCGCCGACGAUGAGGGCGAGAUCAUUGAAGCCGUAAAGCGCAUGUCCAACAACUAUGACUUUGUCGUCACUAGUGGAGGCAUCGGCCCAACGCACGACGACAUUACCUACCAGUCCAUAGCCAAGGCCUUUAGCCUGCCCUUGAAGUUGCACGAUGCGGCUUACGAGCGUAUGAAACGCCUCUCGAAGCCACACAAGUCGCAACCAAACUUUGAUUGGAACGUACCUUCAGCCGCACUUACGGCCAAAAAACGCAUGGUGGAGCUGCCCCUUGACGAUGCGAUCCCAGAUCAAGAUCAAGUCAUCUUUGUCAAUGAGACAUUAUGGGUCCCCGUCAGCUGUGUGAACGGAAACGUUCACAUUCUGCCCGGCGUACCUAGGUUGUUCGAAGCUAUGAUCGAUGGGAUGAGGCCUCGUGUUUUACCGCGCUUGACAGAUCCAGAAGGCAAGGGCGUGCUGCGUAUUCUCAUCUCAACACCUCUGGCCGAAAGCGCUAUCGCUGGGUACCUAACAGAGUUGGCAGCCAAGACAGAGCCAAAAGGCGUCAAGGUGGGCAGCUAUCCCCGAUGGGGCAAGGAUCACAACACGGUGACACUCGUUGGUCGCGAUGUGGAGUUCAUGGAGAGCUUGGUCCCAGAGGUUGAGGAGAACGUACACGGCAAGCGUGUGGAGAUUGAGGGCCAGGACGAUGGAAAUACUUCAGACAAGGACACUUAG